UGAUUAAAAACUAAUCACGUUCAUAUGGAUCGUUUAUCCACAGCAUACCGACUGAUAUUUCCAAGGAAAACCGUUGAGAAUUACGCCAUCAAAGGAAAUGCAGUUGGAUCCAACCUCACCGCAUUCACAUUAUGCUUUUUCGUUAAGCCGAACUACACGGCCCCAUAUGGUGCGCAGUGCUUGUACAGCUAUGCAACCCCUGGAGUUGACAAUGCAAUAUACGUUUGCCUUACUGAUCCGAAAAUCGACCUCCAUGUUGGAAAUGGAGUCCGUGUUCGCACUUAUGUCACGCUUAACAAAAGCCGAUGGAAUCACAUUUGUCUUACUUGGGAAAACACGAACGGUGUGUGGCAGUUGUAUAAGAAUGGUCAGCUCGUAGAAAAUGGAACAGGUAUGUCGAAAAACUACGUGAUUCUAUCUGGGGGAACUGCUGUCAUCGGACAAGAUCAAGAUAAAAUGGGCGGAGGUUUCAGGAAGAAGGAUGCGUUUGGACCUGGUGAGGUCACAGAACUCAAUCUGUGGGAUAGCGUCCUUUCAGCGAGUGAUAUUGCUGCUCAGCACACAAACUGCACCCUCACCACAGGAUUGGUGCAUUUCUGGGCGCAGUUUAAAGAUGGUGUUAACGGCGCUGCGCAAGUAGAGCAGCCUUGAUCUAAACACAUGGAUCUAGAUAUCUAAUUCUAAGGGUGCGUUCCUUUUGGAUGAUCUGGAUCAGGGUCAGUGAACCAAGAUCACUCAG